GGUCCAUAUAGAGGUGACGGCGCCACGGUCGUUGCUCUAUCCAAUCCCUAAUCCCCGAUCCCCAAUCCCCGUGUCCAAACUAUUCCGCCGCCGUCGUCGAUGGACGGAAUAGAAGCUAGCGCUGGCGCUGGCCUGCCACGACCGCCCCAGUUCGACUGCCUGUUCACGGACGAGGGGUGGGCCUUGCUGUCCGAGGAAACACGCCGUUCAAUUAUAGGAGUUCUGGAUCAUGACAGAGAAGAGAAGAUCAGCCUCCUACAGCGCCGUCAGGCCCGAAAGGACCGCCGCAAGGCCCUGCCGGAUCAUCGGCCGGAUAUACGACCUAGCGAGUCCCUCGAUUCUAUCUUGUCCAGGGAUGUUCGUGAUUCAGAUCAACUUUUGUGGAUCCGACAACAUCGCAUGCUCAACCUUUCAGAAUCUCUACUGCCGCCGAUGCGCUACACCUCCUGCGAACUCCUCGGGAACGGAUGCUCUCAUUAUCCUCAUCCUAUGCUACAGUUCUUCGGUAUUUUUGUCCAGUUUUACAGGAACGCCUUGAAUAUCAUGCGAGACAAUACAAGGUCCUCACAUAUUGAUGUAUAUGGCUUGCUUGCUGUAAGGGAUACCUUGGAUUAUUCCCGGAACUAUAUUUUUCAGCGAUCUAGAGAGAACCCUCAACCUAUAGACGUGGAUGGUGGUUAUCUAAGUCUGAGCUACCCUGCACGAGGCAUAUCUGCAAUGGGCUGCUUGAUUGAAAUUGAUAUAAAGAUCAAGGGCAAGGAGGUUGACAAAGAUCUGUCAAUUAUUGAUGGAUCUGUGAAAGCCUUUGGGCAGUUUGACUCGAGGACUGCUAAGCAUGUUGAUAACAUCAAUGGUAAAAUUAUAUUCAAGACGCAUAUUGUUCGUAAAGGUGUCGAGGCAACUAUAGACCUUGAUUUUGUGGAGGUGCCAACAGAUGGCUUCAGUGUGCGGAUGCGUGGCAGUACCGUCCGUUAUAAAGCUGUCUACUCCUUUAUCAACGAGGGUUGUGAAGCUGAUAGUUUUAUAGCUUCACCUGGGAAGUACAAUAAGAAAUUUGUCGCAGCUGUGAGCAUAGGUGAUACACUAUGCAUAGAUUUCAUGGAGAAGAAGCGAGAAGUGCUCUCUUUUGUAUCAUCCAAGCACGGCAACGAGCAGCUACCUUACCGAUUCAGCAAUGGGGCCUUGGUCUUUGUUAAAGUCUUUUGGUCAACCAUCGUUGACGGUUGGCCAUUGGGUCUCUAAACAGUGGAAGAAAGGAAGAGUAGCACUAUUGUCACUUUUGAAGUUUUGGAUCUCUACCCCCAAUUUACUCCCUCCCUUUCACAAUAUAAAGCGUAUUAGGACUACUUGAAACAAGGGUUCAACAAUUACUCUAUUAAUAUGUACUGGUUGUGCGCCAUUUGGCUCGUAAAGUAUUGUGGCUAUAAUUUUAAUGCCAUC